AUGGACAGUCUACCCAGGAGUGUUACCAACACCUUGGAGGGCCCUGAUGCUGAGAAGUGGAAGGUGAUUCACUACAAGUCCGCCCCCCAGGAAGACCUCCUGGGGGAUUCCCGCAGGCGCAGGAAGAGAGCUCCUGCUCCCGCAGGAGAAUCCCCUGCAGGUGCUGGAGGGUUCACUGCCAGGGCAGGAAAAUCCAAGGCCUCGUCCCUCGGCUCCCCAUACACCUCACGGGAGAUUUCCCCAGGGAAAUCUCCCGUUUUACUGCGGGUUUCCGCCAGCGCGGGUGCAGCACUGCCGACGCAGGAGUCCAGGACACUGUUUUCACCAGGGAGCAGGUUCUCGUCGGCCUGGGGGAGCGGGGGUUCUCGCUGA